AUUGUCAAGCCGUAGCCGCCAUGUUGGUUUCCCUUCUGCACUGACACACAGGUGGUGAAUUUAUCAAGUACUUUCUUAUGAAAUCCAAAUCUCUGCAGCAGAAUGAGUAAAACAGAUCUCUCUUUGAGAGAUCCAUUGGAUCUGCCAUUAUCUAUUCUGGAAGUGGGUCUUGCCGGGAGAUUAGAACUGAUCACCGAUCCUCCAAAAUCAAAUGGAUCUGCUCUCCCUUUAUCAACACUUCCUCAAGGGUUACCACCCUAUGAUGUGGACUUGUCAUUUGAAGUCAUUCAGAAGUAUCUCACUGACCCAGACUGGCUUCCCAUUCAUGACUUUGAUAGGAGCCAGAGGUCUUGGCCUCGAUUGAAGAACUUGCACAGUUUGUAUCACAUGGAUGUGACUGCCCCUCACACAGAGCUCAGUGUGGAACGAAAUGCAGCCACAGGGGAACUACGUGGCAUCAAUGAGAUCUCUCUGAAUCAGACUGGGCUGUCUGCUCAGAACUCUCUCUCGCUUCGGCGUCCUCCAGGACCUCCAUCACAGUCUGUGAGGGGCAGCACCUCAAACUUUCCCUUUUGGCCAGGUGGGAUGGAUGAACCAACUCUUGAACAGAUUAAAGCGUUGAAUGAAGAAGAUGAAUUUAUAGACUUUGAAAAUGACCUGUUAACGGUUCCUCCUGGAUGGAAACAGGGAAUGAAUUUCAAGCCUGUAGAUGUCAGACGUCCCCCAGGUGUCUUACCGCUUACUAGCCUCUUAGGUGCCCUAGAAGAUUUCACACUAGGAGAUUCUAGCGAGGAUGAGGAGGAAGUUGGUGCUCGAAAAGUGGGUGGCACAGGAGAAGGGCAAAAGGAAAAGCUGCCCCGGAGCAAUAGCCUGGAGGAAUUGGGCGUAGAGAUGGUUUCAGCACCAGCUCCUUCUGCACCUUCUCCUUCUCCAGAACCUGUCCAAGAACAAUGGGCUGUGCCCCUCAACAGUAGCUCCCCAGUGGAUGAUUUCUAUAAGCGUAUCCCUGAUUUGGCCUUCAAGCAUCCUUUUGAGUUGGACCCUUUCCAGAAGAAAGCCAUUCAAUGCCUAGAGUCCGGCCAAUCUGUUUUUAUUGCUGCUCACACUUCGGCUGGCAAGACGGUGGUGGCAGAAUAUGCCAUAGCGCUAUCUUUAAAGCACAUGACCAGGACUAUAUAUACCUCUCCCAUCAAGGCUUUAUCCAAUCAGAAAUUUCGGGAUUUUAAGAUCACAUUUGGUGACGUUGGUCUCAUUACAGGGGACGUCCAGCUCUAUACUGGAGCAUCCUGCCUUAUUAUGACCACUGAAAUCCUGCGCUCCAUGCUGUAUAACGGUUCUGACGUCAUUCGAGAUUUGGAGUGGGUCAUCUUUGAUGAAGUUCACUACAUCAAUGAUGCAGAGCGUGGUGUGGUGUGGGAGGAGGUCUUAAUUAUGCUACCAGAACAUGUCAACAUCAUCUUACUGAGUGCAACCGUGCCAAAUACUGUGGAGUUUGCCGACUGGAUAGGGCGGAUUAAGAAGAAGAAGAUUUACGUGAUUAGCACAAUGAAGAGGCCGGUACCUUUAGAACACUAUUUGUAUACGGGUAAUAGCCAGAAGACACAAAAUCAGUUCUUCCUAUUGCAAGAUGCUUUAGGAGCGUUCCAAACAAAAGGAUACUACGCUGCUGUUGAAGCUAAGAAGGAGCGAACGUCCAAGUACUCACAAUCAUUUGGGGCAAAACACGCUCAUGGAGGUGGAUCAGGGCAUGACAAAGGUACAUGGCUAUCACUUGUGCAGUCUCUUCAACAUCGGGAUUCUCUCCCUGUGGUAGUGUUUACGUUUUCUCGUAUUCGAUGUGAAGCAAACGCAACAGCGCUCAGUAGUAUGGACAUGUGUACAGCAGCUGAGAAGAGUGAAAUUCACACGUAUUACACCAAGUGCUUGAGUCGCCUGCGCGGGGGUGAUCGCCAGCUGCCACAGGUGCUGCAUUUGUUGGAUCUUCUGAAAAGAGGGAUUGGCAUCCAUCACAGCGGGAUUUUGCCCAUACUGAAGGAGGUGGUUGAGAUGUUGUUUAGCCGUGGACUCGUCAAGAUCCUGUUUGCCACAGAGACAUUUGCUAUGGGUGUUAAUAUGCCGGCUCGUACUGUGGUGUUUGAUUCAAUCAGAAAACACGACGGAUCCAACUUCAGAGACCUUACUCCCGGGGAGUACAUACAGAUGGCUGGACGCGCCGGCCGCAGAGGUCUGGAUAACACUGGGAUGGUGAUCAUUUUGUGCAAAACUGAUGUGCCAGAAAUGAGUGAUCUGCACAAAAUGAUGCUGGGGAAGCCCACUCUGCUUCAGUCUCAAUUCCGCCUGACGUACUCCAUGAUCCUCAACCUUCUCCGUGUGGAAGCGCUGAGGGUAGAAGAUAUGAUGAAGAGGAGCUUUGCGGAAGCCAGGACCCAGAAGGACAGCAAGGCCCAUGAGCAGCGUAUUAAGGUUCUCACCAAAGAGCUAGCAAACAUGGGAGACAUUGAGUGUUCGGGGGACCUUUCAGAUCUUCAGGAUUAUUUUAUAACCGUGCAAGAACUUAUGUACACCAGAGAGAUCCUGCAGAAACGAGUGGUGGAAUCUGUCAACGGAAUGAAAUGUUUGAGCAUUGGACGGGUCAUCAUUCUCAGUACAGAUUAUAACCCAUGGGUGCCCGGCAUCAUUUUGCAGGUGUCCUCCGAUGCUACUAAUCGGGUUUACACCACCCUGGUGCUUUGUGAAAAAAAGAAAGACGGAGUCACUGUUCAAAAGGAGAGAGAGCAGACUGGCGAGAAGAGAGCGCCAACUCCUGAUGACCUGCUAAUGGGGAGGGUGUUCAAACCGGAGGGACCUUGCGGUUACAAGCUCCUCAAGAUCAACCCCUCUGAAAUUAUCAUGGUGAUCAGCAAAACCUUCCGCAUUAAUGCUGACAAAGUACUGGAUGACGUCUCUCGAGGCCAGUCACCCCGCUACAGGAAUGAUCCCCCUGGCCCAGCGGUGUCCGGUGUCACUCAGGAGCUGUCGCGGUUGGCGGAUUUACCUGCAGGAUCUCUCUCAUCUCUCUGUCCUGUAAAUGACGUUCAGCUGAAGGACCUGGACGUGGUGGAAGCAGUCAGCAGGGCAAGAAGAUUAGAAGGGGCACUAAGGGGGUUUAAUAGCCCCAACAGCCCACGAUUCAAUUCCCAGUAUCUUCUUCUGGAACAGAGAGCAAAGGUUCUGAAUGAGAUGGAUCGCCUCCGAUUCCUGACAUCAGACCAGUCACUCAGUCUUCUUCCCGAAUACGAACAGAGAAUUAAUGUUUUGCGCACCCUCCAGUACAUCGAUGAUGGGGGAGCUGUACAGCUGAAGGGCAGGGUAGCUUGUGAAGUCAGCUGUCAUGAACUGUUGGUGACUGAAUUGGUCUUGGAUGGAGCUCUGUCACCACUCAUGCCUGAAGAGAUUGCAGCUCUGCUCUCCUGCUUGGUAUUCCAGCACAAGACGCAGUGCGAACCCAAGCUUACAGAUACCGUGGCUCAGGGUGUUAAGAAGGUCCGUGCCUUGGCAGAGCAUUUGGGGGAGACCCAGAGAGCGUGUGGGUUGCGAGAAUCUGUAGAGGACUUUGUGGCUCAAUACAAAUUUGGCUUGACGGAGGUUGUGUACGAGUGGGCACGAGGAAUGCCCUUCUCAGAGAUCAUGACGCUAACGGACAUACAGGAGGGCCUUAUAGUGCGUUGUAUACAGAGGCUAGAUGAGGCUUGCCGUGAUGUGCGCUCUGCUGCACGACUGGUUGGAGACGCCACAUUGUGUGCCAAGAUGGAUGCAGCUUCACAGCUUAUUAAGCGAGAUAUCAUCUUUGCCGCUAGCCUGUACACCCAGUGAUUUUCCAUCUCAAGGGGAACGCUCAUCAUGAAGUGGCAUAAAGCAACUACCCUGAGUGUAAAACAUGGCUGCAGUCCGAGAAGAUACUGGCAAAAUAUCAGCCGAACUAAUGCACAACAUAUCUUUCCCAUUCUAUGGACAAAACUGCUUUUAAAACCCACGGCUGGCAAAACUGAACCUCUAUGAGGUUGACCUAUUUAUUCUCGAGGCGUCUAGGAGGGUAGCAUGUGAUCCAAAAGGAUCUUGUGCCUCAGUGUAAUUAUACCUUUCUAUCAAGAUAACAAUGGUAGCCGCCAUUUUAUGGCAGACUCAGUCCUCAGAAUUGAUGACUAAAAUAUCCUUAUGUUGUUUCUGUAAUGUACAUUAAUAUAAGGGCAAAUAAAUCAGAUUAAGAUCC